AUGGACAGACCAAUCACUCCUGGCCAGCUGAAAGAAAAAUCACUGUUCCAGGACGCUGAUGGCAGCGCAGCUCCUGCCAAGACCGUGUGCCAUAAUUGUUCAAAGCUAAAGAUAUUUCUUGGAGCUCUAGCUUUUUCCUUUUUUGCCAAAGGAUUUUCUGGGAGCUACAUGAAGAGCAUGUCCAGUCAAAUUGAAAGGAGAUUUGAAAUCUCAUCAUCGAUUGUUGGCAUUAUUGAUGGCAGCUUUGAGAUAGGUAACUUAAUGGUGAUGGUGUUGGUGAGCUACCUUGGACCAAGAGUUCACAGGCCAAAAAUAAUUGCUGUUGGGUGUCUCAUCAUGUCUGUAGGAGCUUUUUUGUCAGUGAUGCCUCAGUUCCUAAUGGGACGUUACAAUUAUGAAAGGAUAACUGUUAGUGUGGACAACUCCUCCACGAGUGUGUCAGCUUGCUCCCCAGGGUCUGGGGGCCCUCCAACCACAGAUGCUACAGAAACACUCAGCACAGAGAUAAAUGCUGGAUGUGAGAAAACAACAAAUUCCUACCUGUGGCUUUUUGUGUUGGUGGGGAACCUUCUACGUGGAAUUGGGGAAGCACCAAUUAUGCCUCUGGGAGUUUCAUACAUUGAUGAUUUUUCUAAAGAAGAAAACUCAGCAUUUUACAUAGGCCUGGUGAGAUCCUCGGGCAUGUUUGGGCCAACGCUGGGCUUCCUGCUGGGCUCCUUCUGUGCCAGCCUCUGGGUGGACGUCGGCGUCGUGGACACCGAUGCCAUCAGCAUAAAUCCUAAGGACACCCGUUGGGUUGGUGCCUGGUGGCUUGGAUUGCUUAUCUGUGGUGCUGUCAACUUCAUUGCUUCAUUGCCUUUCUGGUUUUUGCCCUAUUCCUUACCAAAAGAAGGACAGAAUGAAAACUUGAAGAUUAGUCACUUGUCUGUUCAAGGAGAUCCCUGUAAAAUAGACACCCCAGCUCAGCCACAAUUAAAGUUCUCAGAGGCAGUAAAAGAUUUCUUGCCAGCACUCAGGAAGCUGUUUGGAAACCCAAUUUUUGUGGUGUUCAUCUUCCUCACUAUUCUGCAGUACAAUUCCCUUGUUGGGAUAAUAACCUAUGAGACAAAGUUUAUGGAGCAGACAUUUAAUGUGUCAGUGGCAAAAGCCAUCUUUCUAAUUGGUGUGGUACUUCUACCUGUCACAAUCCUGGGCAUGUUUCUAGGAGGCUUCCUGAUCAAGAAAUUCAAGCUGCACAUAACAGAAAUGGCCAAGUUUGCGUGCAUCACCUUCAUCGUGGCGUAUCUGCUGAACCUCUUGUACUUCACCUGCAGCUGUGAGGUGCUGCAGGUGGCCGGGCUGACGGCGCCCUACGCUGGAAUGAAGCACCUUUCCUCCAGCAAGCACAUCUACACAGCCAGCUGCAAUGCUGAGUGCAGCUGCAAGGUGGACCAGUGGGACCCUGUCUGUGGGGACAAUGGGAUCACAUACAUGACAGCCUGCUUUGCAGGGUGCAAAUCAUCAUCUGGGACAGGAAGGAAUAUGGUGUUCCACAAUUGCAGCUGUGUGGAAGGACAAGGGCUCGGGCUUGGCAAUUCCUCUGCAGUUUUGGGACAGUGCCAAAGAGAAAGCUGUACCAAAGCCUUUCCCUAUUUUUUAGCAUUACAGACUGCAUGUGCAUUUAUUUUAGCCUUAGGAGGCACUCCUACAUACAUGAUUAUGUUUAGAUCUGUUUCGCCAGACCUGAAAUCCUUUGCUGUUGGGAUAGAAACUUUGGGUGGUAGAGUACUAGGAGGACUCCCAGCCCCUAUUUAUUUUGGUGCCUUGAUAGAUGAGACUUGCUUGAAAUGGGGGACAAAAAGCUGUGGGGGAUCAGGAUCCUGCCGAGUGUACGACACAAAAGAGUUCAGGAAUGUGUAUCUUGGCCUCAUUGCAGGACUUCGGGCAGGAUGCUGUCUCUUGUACAUAGUGCUCUCUGUUUUAAUUAUGAAACGCUUCAAACCAGAUGGCAAAGAGAAGGCAGAUAUUAAAAAUGCAGAAAGAUCAACCAGCAAAGAACCAGAAACUGCCAACAAAAGAGAAAUUCUUCCUGGUUCAAGAACCUCAGAGGAGAGCGAGGAAACUUAUAUGUAA